AUGGAGGUUUCUCUCGAAAGCCUUUGUGUUUCUUCAAACACGGACAGCAAACAAAGCCCAGAGCUGGAGAUUCAGCCUCGCAUCUCGCUAGAUGACCUAGCACCUGAAACUCUGCUCACAAUCAUGACCGAGCUGACCGAUCUCGACUCUUUAUAUACUUUGAUCGUGGCAUCGCCAAAAGCAUGGCGCUUGUUCACCAAAUACGCCUGCCUCAUCACCGAAUCUGUCCUGUCUUCUCCAGACUCGCUCCUAGCUCCCGGUAUCCAACAGUUUAUACGUGCCCUCAUCCUGAUACGCAAUUCUCAAGAACCUUUCGCGCGUCCAGAUGACUUUGUCUACUUCAUACAUAAACACAUGGCUAAGAAUACGGAUAACGGCAUUAAAUACGAUGACUUGGACACUGUCACGGCUAAAAUUACUGCUUCACUCGCAACUGCCAUCACAGUCAACAAGCCACCUACUGAAAUACUCUGGUCUGUCGUGGCAACAGCCCGACACGUCUCAGUCCUCACACAUGGCUGCUUGGAGUUUUAUCUCGCUCGCAUACGGAGUCCUUCGUUUACGCCCAAAUACCUCGACCAUGCUCGCAAUUGUAUCGACCCCGGUGACCCGACGCCUCCUUGUAUGAUUGACUUUGAGGGUACUCCGUUAGUAACAGCAGACAUCGGGCAACCAAGCUGGGUCGAAGAAACGCGAGUUUCGCGAGCUCUAUGGUUCGUUCAACUCGCCAAUGAAGUGACUUUGUCAGCUCCUCAAAGGAGAGACCCCAAGGAUGGAGCCGAAUUCAGGAACCCGCAAGAUUUUAUCCGCGAAAACGUAAAUCAUUCGCUCAUAAAUGGUCCGGCUGAAGAGGUAGAAACCGUCAUGUCAUAUCUCGAAAGCCUCAGAACACAGCCAGAAACAAAGCAAAAGGGGCCAUACUACCGCCUCCCUCGCCCUCCAAAGGGCUAUAGUGAUGCGGGCUGGAUAACACCUCUUCCCGAACUUCGACAGCAAGAAUGGGAGGACGGUCAGUGUUAUAGAUUGGUUUAUCCCAACAAAGUUGUUGAGUUCGACUUGCCGCCGGAUGUGAAGGAUAUGAAAGACGCACCAUCCAGAUCAACAGUCGCCCGCUGGGAUCAGACAUGCGUUGCCAUCGACGGGCCUUCCACCAACAUAGAAUACUGGGCAGGCCUCUCUAGCGAUAUGCUUUCAUCGCCCAUAAUAGGCGUCACAUUCAAUUCCUAUCGCCGACUAGGGUUCGCAUUGUGGGACAGGAAGCGAAUGUUUUUCCUGGGCCUCAUUCCAGGGCUAUACGAAACAUUCUCCUUUGAAAAUAUAGCCCAGUACAACUUCGCCUGGGAAAGCAUUCUUCCCGCCGAAGAAGCACGGGGCCUGAAAGAGGCGCAACGAGCAGGAACAAGGUUCAAUGAGUGCCUGUGGCCGAAUGAGAUUAUGUGGUGA